UGUUGCUUGUGAAAACAAAAGAUUGUAAAUGAAAAAAGCAAAUGUCAAUAAAUUCUAAGACAAUAAAUUUUGACGAGAAAAGGAACUUUCUUUCGAGGAGGUAAAUGAUGGUGAAACGCUAGCCAGCUGGUGUUCUUGUUUAGAUUGUAUCUUGAAAAUUCAAAGACAUCCGCCUAAUCAAAUUUGACACUGAUGUAAGUAUAAAACAGAGUUGGUUUCUUUUGAAAAGUCAACUGACAUUUGAAAAUAUAAGUGAAACAAACAGGCUACGGAAAAUAUAUAUAUAGUCUCUGAAGGAAAAGAUAUAGCUUUCUGCAGGAAAUGUCGGUACCACUUUGACUUUAGAAGAUUUACUUGUCUGCGGUGUACCCCAAAUUUUACAACAGUGGAUUUUAAGUUCCCUAAAAUAUUGAGACACUGGAGAAAGCGUAAAAAGCAUAGUGACCAAACAAUUGUUCUCGAGGAAAUGAUGCAGUAUAAUGAAGGGAAUAAUGGCGAGGACAAUGAAAAAGAAACCGAAGAAGAGAGAAUAACAAUAAUUGCGAGAUGUUCAGCGCUUCAGGGAAUGGAAAAUUUGCAAAUUGGUUCAAAAACAUAUUUAUUGUUUCGUGAAAAGGCUUUAAUGAGAUCUUCAGAAUGUCCUUGUUCCAGUUGUUCAGCAUCAUGUGCUAGUGAAAUACCCAAUUGUUAUUGUCCACAAAAUGAAAAUCAAUCUAUUCAAACGGAUGCUCUAAUGUCAAAUGCAAGCACAUCGACACCCAAAAAGGAAGAAGGACGAUUUCAAAAAUUGAAAAAAAUUUGCUUUUGUUGUAAUUCGUUGAAAAAGAAAUCGUCCAAUGAAACCAAGUCAUCUGAAAUGUCGAAAAACAAGUCCAAGUCGAAGAAGGUCAAGAAAAAAAGAGGGUCAACGACGACAUUAAAAAGUGAGGAAAGAAAAAAAUCCACUAAAACGAAUAGCGGAAAACGAAAGAAGAGAAAUCGAAAGAAACGCAGUAAAGAAAACGAAAUAACAAAAAGCAAUGACCAAGAAAAUCAAAUAAAAGCCGAACCUGAGGAGCGAAGGGUUUCGAUAAAACUAGAGGGGACAGAAAAUGAAAAGCGUCGAAAAUCAGAAGCUGACAAUAAAAGAGUGACAAUUGAGGAGGAAAAUGUAAUUAUAUUACAUGAUAAAAAAUUUGAACAAAAACGUGAAAGAAUCGAAAGUGAUAAGGGUCAAUUGGAAAAAGAAAGGAGACAAAUGGAAAGUGAGAAAGAACAAUUAGAAAAGGAACAAAUAGAAAGAGAAAACUUGGAUAAAGAUAUUAAAAGACGAAUGGAUAAAGAAAGGCAAAGAUUAGAAAGAGAAGAAAUAGAGAAGGAAAAAUUGGAGAAGGUGAGAAUGGAAAAAGAAAGGAAAAAAUUAGAAAAAGAAGAAAUAGAGAAGGAAAGGUUGGAAAAGGUGAAAAUGGAAGAAGAAAUGGAAGAAGAAAGGAAAAGAUUAGAAAAAGAAGAAAUAGACAAGGAAAGGUUGGAAAAGGUGAGAAUGGAAGAAGAAAUGGAAAAAGAAAGGAAAAGAUUAGAAAAAGAAGAAAUAGAGAAGGAAAGAUUGGAAAAGGUGAAAAUGGAAGAAGAAAUGGAAAGAGAAAGAAUAAAAAAAGAAGGAAGAAAAAGAGAAAAAAUGGAAAAAGAAAAAUUAGAAAAUGAACAAAUGGAAAAAGAAAGACAAAGAUUGGAAAAGGUGAGAAUGGAAGAAGAAAUGGAAAAAGAAAGACAAAGAUUGGAAAAGGUGAGAAUGAAAGAAGAAAUGGAAAAAGAAAGAAAAAGAUUAGAAGAAGAAGAAAUAGAGAAGAAAAAGUUGGAAAAAGUGAGAAUGGAGGAAGAAAUGAAAAAAGAAAAAAUAGAAAGAGAAGACAGAGAAAACAUUGAAAGAGAACGAUUAGAAAAUGAAAAAAGAGAAAGAGAAAAGCAAAGAUUAGAAAAAGAAGAAAUAGAGAAGAAAAGAUUGGAAAUGGUUCGAAUGGAAGAAGAAAUGGAAAGAGAAAGAAGACAAAUAGAAAGAGAACGAAUAGAAAAUGAGCAAAUAUUAAAAGAAAGGCAACUAUUAGAAAAAGAAGAAAUGGAAAGAGAAAGAAAACGGAUAGAAAAUGAGCAAAUAGAAAGGGAACAAAAAGAAAGAAAAAAUUUAGAAAGAGAAAAGAGGAAAAUAGAGAAAGAAAAGGAGAAAAUAGAAAAAGAAAGGCAAAGAUUAGAAAGAGAGGAAAUAGAAAAAGCAAAUUUGGAAAAAAUAAGAAUUAAAGAAGAAGAAACAGAAAGAGAAAGAAAAAAAAUUGAAGAAAAAGAAAAAAUCGAAAAAGACAUAAUAGAAAAAGAAAAAAUUGAAACUGAAAGAAGACAGAUAACACAGGAAAAAGAGCAAUUAGAAAAAGAAAAAGAAAUAAUAGACACCGAAAGGAUAAAAUUGGAAAAAGAAAAGGAAGAAAUAAAUAAAGAAAGAGAAAAAUCUGAAAGAGAAAGAGAAAAAUUGUCCGAAAUUGAUAAGAAAAUAAAGAGAGAAAGGGAAGAGAACCAAAAAGUAAGAAUGGAAAAUCAAAUACAGAGGGAAAAAACCAUUGAAGUAGAAAGAAAAGUGCGAAAAGAAGGCGAUCGAACAUUAUAUCACGAGAACGAUAAAAAAAUAAAGAAAGAAAAUAACAGGAAUGAAUUUAUCGAACGCGAUAGAAAAAAUUUGAAAAAAGAAACAGAUUGGAAACCACAUAUUGAAAAAAAUCGUAAAAACAGAGAAAAAGAAAUUGACGAUUACUUUCGCUUGAAAAUGGAAGCAGCCAAAAAUGAACGUAUUGAAAGUGAUAAAAAAGCAAAAUUAGAAGAACCAAUUAAAAAAGAUAAAAAAUCAAAACUAGAAAAAGAAGAUAAGAUAAAAAAAGAAAAAGGCAAAAAUUACAAUAAUGAAGAAAUAAGAAGAAGGGGUGCUGAAAAUUGGGAUUAUAGACAGCCGGAAGUUUUUCUAAGACCACAAGCUAAAGACAGAAAAUUAAUUUCCACCAAUGAUGCAGAGAAUGUUCAAUAUCAUCGUGAAUAUUCACUUUUUGUGCAAUGUCCAACUUUUCGAAAAACUGAACCGCCAUUAAUUUUAAAUGAUAGUACAAAAUAUGACAAAAAAUCGUCUAUUUCUAAUUUUCUUCUGGACACUGAUAAAAUAACCCAAGUGAACAAUUUACAAGCAUGUUCUGGAUUUUGUGCCAAGUAUUUGAAAACCGAUUUUGAAAAAUGGAAAAAAUUUGCCGAAAAGAAUUGUAAAAAUAAAUUGGAAGGUGAAAUUUGUAAACCGGAAGAAAAGGAGGAGUCGACAAACUCAUCGAGAAGAGGAACAUGGAACAAUAUCAAAGAUUCCUCCAAGAAGAAUUGGGAGAAAUUACAGACUCAAUUUUCUCCCGGGAAGAAUAAAUCAUUGAAAGAUACAAAAGAGCCAAAACUCUGCAAUACACCAUGUGAAUGUCAGACGGUAAAGAAAAAAUGCAAUUUAGGCAAUUGCACGUCAGAACGAUGUAAGGAAUAUUUGGAAAAUGCAAAUAAAAAGAUUAAAGUUGCUGUUGAGCAGAUUAAAAAAAUUCAAGAACCCCUCGAAAAGAACGAAUGUUGUUGUACUCCAAAAUCCGAGUCAGACUGUACAGUUUGUUCGAGAAAAAAUUAAAAAAAUUGGUAAAAAAAAGCUCA